AUGUUGGAAGGAGUGGUCGCUAACUUGCUCAACCGUUUCCUGGGAAUAUACGUGAAGAACUUCGACGCGAAACAACUCAACAUUGGUAUUUGGUCGGGCGACGUCAAACUACGGAAUCUCGAGCUGCGCCGCGAAGCGCUCGACCAGCUUCAUCUCCCUCUAAACGUCGUUGAAGGUCACCUCGGCGAGCUCACAUUAUCGAUCCCGUGGUCGAAUCUACGAGGAAAGCCGGUCAAGGUCGAGAUCGAAGAUGUCUAUUUGCUUGCAGCACCAAGAGAAGAUGCGGACUAUAACUCGGAGGAGGAAGAACGGAGAGCGAAUGUCCUCAAGAUGGAGCGAAUAGAGAGUGCUGAACUUCUGCGCGAGCGAAAUUCGGAAGGCAUGAGCCAGGAAGAGCAGCGCAGAAACCAGAGCUUCACACAAAGCAUGAUUACAGCUGUGGUGGACAACCUGCAGAUUUCCAUCAAGAAUGUGCAUUUCCGCUACGAGGACUCGAUCGCUUCACCGGGACACCCCUUCGCCGUCGGCAUGACCCUGAAAGAGCUAAGUGCUGUCAGUACUGACGGAGAUUGGAACCCGACUUUUAUCCAAUCAGACUCCGAUGUCACCCAUAAAUUGGCUGUUCUCGGAGCGCUAUCCGUAUAUUGGAAUACAGAUGCCACACUUCUCGGGACCGGACGUGGCUCUGAUAUCGGCGCAGAAGCUCAGGGCAUCGGCCGCGAAGAGUUGAUGGAGAAACUCAGAACUGCUAUAGACGCGGACGAAGGAAAUCAGUUCAUGCUUCGUCCUGUAAGUGGUCGUGCGGGUCUUGAAAUGGACAAAUCCGGCAAACAUGAUCGUCCUGCCAUCAAAGCGCGCCUGCUCUUCGAUGAACUUGGUUUCGUCCUGGAUGACCACCAAUACCGCGAUGCGCUGAUGCUGGUUGAUCUCUUCCAUUACUUUAUUCGCCAUCAAGAGUACAAGAAGAUCCAACCCAAAGUCUCACCCAAGGAAAAUCCCCGUGCGUGGAUGAGAUUUGCCGGAGAAGCUGUGCUCAGCAAGAUCCACGAGCGCAACAGACGUUGGACCUGGGACUACAUCAAGGAGCGCAGAGAUGAUCGUAUUGCGUACAUUGCCUUAUUCAAGAAGAAAAAGAAGGAAGAACCAUUCACACCGGACGAAACCAAGGAAAUACAGAGACUCGAGACGAAACUUAGCUACGAGGAUAUCCGUUUCUGGCGAUCGCUUGCACGUAACCAAUUACGAAAAGAGAACGUCGGCGUCAAGAAACCCGCAGAGCAACAAUCAUGGUCCGAAUGGAUCUGGGGUGCCAAGAAGGAGCAAUCCGAGGAGCCUGAUAUGACCGAUGAACAACGACAGGAGUUAUACAACGCCAUCGACUGGGAUGAAAAGAAAGCCAUAACCGAGAGCGUUGACAUUCCCCGUGAAUGGGUCAAACUUCAGGUCAAUUGGAGCCUGAGGGCUGGCAGCUUUACCCUGAAAAAAGACCCCCAUGGCGCGGCCAACGAAGUCAUGAAGCUAGUAUUCGACAAUUUCCGAGCCAAAGCUCUUCAACGUCAUGAUUCUUACCUCCUUGACAUAGACCUUGGAGGAUUGAAGAUGUAUGAUGGUACCACCCCAGGAACUCUCUAUCCCCAGAUUGUCAAGGUCAAAGACUCUCUUCCUGAACCAAAAUCCCAGCAGGUAAGUGAAGAUGAUGAUGACCUUGCCUCACAGGCAAGUGCGGAUGACCUCGAAGAUGAGGACAGUCUGUUCCAUCUACAACUUGAGAAGAAUCCACUCGACAGCGAUGCAGAUUCCGCGGUCAAGGUCAAACUCAAGAGUAUUGAAGUCAUUUACAAUCCCAGAUUCCUUGUUGGAAUCGUCAAUUUCUUCGAACCACCUGAACGACACAUGGAGUCUAUCGGUGCUCUAUUAGACACUGCAGGAGCUACCGUGGAAGGAUUGCGACAGCAAACUCGGGCAGGUUUGGAGUUUGCUCUUGAAGAGCACAAGAAGGUUGACGCACAAUUCGACAUUCGUGCACCCCUGAUCAUCGUCCCGGAAAGUAUUACACAACCAAGCUCCCUUUGCUUGAUUAUCGACGCAGGUCACGCUAGUGUCAACAGCGAAUUGGUCGAUCGUCAGGCCAUGCGAGACCUUCAAUCCAAGCAAAAGCGGCAAUACGAAGAGGAAGACUACAAGAAACUCGAACAUCUUCUAUAUGAUCGAUUCUUAAUCAAAUUGGACUCCACACAAGUCCUCAUCGGACCUGGUGUUGAUGCAACCAAAGCACAACUCAACACCAAUGUCGACACCAGAAACUUCCAUAUCAUUGACCGCAUCAAUGUGGAUUUCGCUUUGGAGAUGUGUAUCGUGCCGAAGGUGACCCAGCUCACCCGCACGCGUAUUUCUGGUCAUCUACCGGAACUACAUGCAUCUAUGUCAGACACCAAAUACAAGGGUCUGAUGAAAUUGAUCGAUAUUGCGAUCCCGCAAUUCGAUACAGGUAACACUUCUUCUGAUACAAAGACAGGAGUCGUGGCCAAAGAAGAUGCAGCCACACGAGCUAGAUCAGCAUCCUUCCAUUCCUCGGCUCUUCGGGAUCUUCCGAUUGUCGAUGAUGACGACGAAGAAGCUGAAAAGGCGAUUGAACAGUCUAAGAAGACUGUGGAUAGUCCCACCAACAUUCACCGCCGAGACUUCGAGUUCAAGUUUACUGUUGGCCGUCUACGUGGUUCGCUAUCUCGCUCUGACCCUCAUGAUCCCCAAAAGGAUCAUUUGUUGGUUGAAUUGGUUGCCGAAGGGUUUGAGCUCGAUUUCUACAUGCGCCCCUAUGACAUGGUUGCGGAAGUGGUUUUGAAAUCGUUGAGCGUGGAUGAUUACAUCGAAGAGAAUCCUGUUCCUGAAUUCAAAAGGAUUAUCUCGUCGAAGGGCUUUGAUGCUGAUGAAGAUAAGGAUCUUUUCCAGCUGAAGAUGGUCCGGGUAAAGCCCGAAUCUCCUGAGUUUGAAUCAACGUAUGAAGGGGUUGCUAUGAACCUUGACAUAUCGGUUUCAACUAUCAACCUUGUUGUGACGAGAAAAACCCUUCUCACGCUACUGGACUUCAUUCUUCUUACAUUUACGAAUCCCCAACAACCGACCAGCCAAAAUCCCGACGCAGAUAAGGCUAUUGAGGGAACGCCCGCAGUGGAAGAAAAUCCUCAGCCGGCUGGGAAACUUCGCAUUAGGGCCAACCUGAAGAGUAUUGCACUCAUCCUCAACAAUGACGGAGUUCGCUUGGCAACUUUGAGUCUUAACACAGCCGACGUUGGGAUCUUCCUCGUGGGUGCUUCUAUGCUCAUUCAGUCUCGAAUCGGCAGUCUGACCCUGGUGGAUGAUGUCAACCUUGGGGCUGAAGAGGAUUCUGAUAUUCGACGCCUCAUGACAAUUGAAGGAGAUGACUUUGCCGACUUCAAAUAUGAGACCUUUGAUCCUGAAAGCGAUAGCUACCCUGGCUAUGACUCCGAGGUUUAUCUGCGGUCUGGUUCAAUCAAGAUCAACUUCUUGGAGGAACCUUACCGGAAGAUCAUCAACUUCCUCGUCAAAUUUGGCAAAAUGCAAGCCAUUUUCAACGCUGCUCGUCAAGCUGCCGCCAAUCAAGCCAACUCAUUGCAAGAGAAUGCGUCCCGAAUGAGACUUGAUGUUGUUGUCAAGACCCCGAUCGUUGUCUUCCCGCGCGUGAUGAUAGAUGAUCGCCCUCGAGAUACGAUCACUGCUCAUCUUGGUGAGAUCUAUGUUAAGAAUGAAUUCGUCCCCAUGGACGAAGGAAACGACAGCCCUGCUGUCAAUGUGAUCUCUACCGGUGUUCGAAAUAUCCGCCUUACCUCUAAAUUCCAUUUCGAGGAUGGCACGGCGGAAGAGCUUGAGAUGAUACAAAAGGUCAAUCUCGAGUUUAGCAUUUGCUACCUGGAGCAUCAAGCGAACAAUCCUCGUCCGGAUAUGGAAAUCGAGGGUUCUUUGUCCCCAAUUAAUCUUCGAAUUUCCCAGAGCCAGCUUAAGUUCUUGCUGGAAUUGUCCAAGACGAUACCGAGUGCCUUUGCUACCGAUGCCGAGCAGCAAGAGCUUGAGGCUAUGGAGUCUCUGCCCUCUUCAGUGACAGAGCCCACCAGGGAGGCUACUUCAAAAGCCGUCCAGGCACAGCAGGGUCCACAGGGAGCACCUGCCGAGGAUACUGAGAACAAAGAGACUUGGGUCCGACUAGACAUGAUCUUCAAGGUCGACAGUGUUGGAUUGGAGCUUAUUCUCGCAAAUGAUAACCAGCCCGUCGGCCGCAUUGAGGACUCCAGUCUAUCCAAGUUCUCCCUCAAUGACACUAGAGUCAAGCUCCGUAUGUUGACAGAUGGUUCAUUGGAGUCGGAACUUCUUAUCCACUCGUUCUCUAUCCGCGAUAGCCGCAAGCAAGAUUCCAACAAGUUUAGAAACAUCAUGUCUUUGAUCAACAAUGAUGUUCAGCAGCAAUUCAUGGCGAGCGUUUCCAUGUCUGGAGGACCAGAGAAGCAUCUCAUCGCCAUGUUGACAAUUGAUAGCCCCCGCAUCAUAUUCGCAUUGGAUUACCUGUCAGCCUUGCAGUCAUUCAGCCAAUCUGCAUUUGCCUCUGAAGAGGCAGAGGUCGUGGAAGAAGAAAACGAGACACCCGAGGAGUCAGAAACUGAAUCCGUUACUGCUGCCAGCUCUGAUAACGCUGUCACCGAGGCUCCUUCUGGCGAUGGUGCAGGAGGAUCAAUGACUGUUUCGUUCCGCAUGAACCUUGUCGAUGCCCAAGUGAUCAUGGUUGCAAAUCCCACCAUUCCCCACUCUGAGGCCAUUGUUCUUGGUACGAAGGAGGUACUCAUCUCCCAUCAAAAUGUCUCAACUCUACAGAUCCAGAAGGUAGGCAUGUUCUUGUGCCGCAUGGAUAAGUUUGAGACGUCUCGUCUCCGCAUUCUGGAUGACUUUACGCUUGAAAUGUCCAUUGAUAGCAGAGCACAAGAAAAGGGAUGUGCCUUGACAUCUAUCGAGGUACAUCUUGAGCCUUUGGUUCUUCGCUUGUCCUUGCGUGAUAUCUUGAUGGCAACCCAAAUUGUCAACAAGGCCUCCGAAAUGAGGGCUCAGAAUACCCAGCAGAUCGAAGGCGGAGAAGCCAAGAAGAUCCCCGAUGCCAAGAGCACUAGAGCGCGCUCUGCUAGCAAGGCAUCCAUGACCGUUGCCAAUAGGACUCGGCGCCUGAGCCAGGCUGGCAGACAACCCGAUGAAGCAACCACGCCGCAGAGCUCGGUUGUCCUCAGGCGUGAGGAGCUGUCUGCUAAGAUUGACGGUGUUCGAGUCAUUCUAAUUGGUGAUCUCCACGAUCUACCAUUGCUCGACUGGAGCGUGAAGAAAUUCAACGUUGAUGUACGUGACUGGUCGUCCACAUUGAGCGCUGAUACCAACUUCGAGAUGUUCCUCAAUGUGUACAACUUCUCGAAGUCGGCUUGGGGGCCCUUGAUCGAGCCUUGGCAACUUGGAUUCCAUAUGGCCAAGGAGGUCAACCCGGAUGUCUUCUCAAUCGAUGCGUAUUCUCACAAGACUAUGGAGCUCACAGUGACAUCUGCCACCAUUGCGCUUGCAUCUAAAUCCCUUCAAUUCCUUUCUACAAUCGAGGAUGUGCUGUCCAAGCCCAGAGGUGCCGAUGCUCCAUACAGAAUCCGCAAUUACACUGGAUUUGAUCUUCGUGUUUGGGCUGAUGUUAAUGUUGGGGAGGAUGGACCGGCGGCGAAGUUAACCGACGGAGAAGAAUCGCCAUGGCGAUUCGAAGACUCCACUGCUAUCCGUGAGACCUUGACACCAGAAGGCCACGGUGGAGUGGUAGGCGUCAAGCUCGAGGGAAGUGGAUUUGAUAGUAUCAGCCGCAUUCCUGUCGUUCGUGAAGGCGAGACAGUGUACGCCCUUAAGCCGAAGCAGGACAACGUCCUUCACCGCUUGCUCGUGGAAGUGAAACUCGGAGAAGACAACGUGAAGUAUAUCACCUUCCGUUCGCCGCUUCUUAUCGAGAACAACACACAGAUCCCUGUCGAACUGGGUGUUUUCAGCCCCGGAGAAGGCCACUUGUUGAAGAUCGAGAAAAUUCUACCCGGCGAUGCUCGACCGGCGCCUGUUGGAUCAGCCUACCUUCAUUCCGUUGUCAUUCGACCUGACCAAGGGUUCGGUUAUGAUUGGUCAAACGAACAACUAUUCUGGAAGGAGCUUAUUCGUCGGCCCACACGGACUAUUAAGUGUGUCAGCGAGAGUGGACAGCAAGCUCCGCCCUUCUACUUCCAAGUCAAUGCUACCUAUGACAGCAAGGACUCGCUUACCGCAGUUUAUCCGUACAUGAGAAUCCGGAUCUUUGCCCCUGUGGAGAUCCAGAAUCUUCUGCCGUACGACUUCAAGUAUCGCAUCUAUGACAAGAAUACUAAGAAGGACUGGACGAACUUCUUGAGGAAGGGUGGAGUGAGCCCAGUCCACGUUGUUGAAUUGUCUCAUCUUCUCUUGCUUAGCAUUGAUCUGGAGGAUACGGUCUUCCGCCAGAGCGAAUUCGCCAUUGUCAAUGGCAAUGCCCAAGACUACCGCAGGGAGCAUACCUUGUCUCUCAAGGAUGAACGAGGUCUUCAGCUGAAAUUGCAGCUUCACUACUUCAACGUUCCCAACAGCGGCGGUGCUUUCAAGGUUUCUGUGUACAGUCCAUACCUUGUUCUCAACAGAACCGGUCUUCCCAUGGAUAUCCAAAGCAAAGCAUUCCUUCAGUCGGCGAGAAAUGCCGCGGGCCAAGGACUCAGAGUCGACCCCAGAGAGGGCGGUCGUGCGUUGCCAUACAUGUACUCCUAUGCCAACGAGGAUCAACGAAACCGAUCAAUCAUGAAGGUUGGCGAUUCCGCGUGGAGCAAGCCACAGAGUUUCGAGGCUAUCGGUAGUACCUUUGAGGUUGUCUUCCCUGACCGUCAAGAAAGAUCCGAAUUCCAUUCCGGUGUCUCUGUUGUCGAAGGAGAGGGCAAGUACAAAAUGACCAAGGUUGUUACACUCGCCCCGCGAUACGUUCUAAAGAGCAAGCUUAACGAGGAUCUCUUGGUACGGGAGCCGGGUUCUUCCAACGUUCUCCAGAUCCAGAGUGGGGAUCUCGUUCCACUUCACUUCCUCCGCCGAGUCCCAGAGAAGCAGCUUUGCCUUUGUUUCCCAGGCGUGAACAAUCAAUGGUCCUCGCCAUUCAAUAUUGCAGACGUUGGCACCGUUCACGUCAAAUUGGCUAAGGCUAAUCAGCGACAGAAGCUGAUCAAGGUUGAUAUUAUCAUGGAAGGAGCAACUCUCUUCUUGCACUUCAGUUUCGAGACUCGCAACUGGCCGUUCUCGAUGCGCAAUGAAAGUGACACCGAAUUCAUUUUCUACCAAGCCAAUCCCAAUGUGGAAGAUGAUGAAGAUGACCAGACUAGCGGUUGGAGACCCAUCCGUUAUCGCAUUCCACCACGCAGUAUCAUGCCAUACGCCUGGGAUUACCCGGCGACGAAGAACAAGUCCCUUGUUUUGACUUGCCAGGGCAAGGAACGGCACAUCAAGCUUGCCGAGAUUGGUAAUUUGAUCCCAAUGCGAAUCCCACCAUCACAGCCUGGUGGGUACCAGAAGAUCAUCGAUAUCACCAUUGCUGCCGAUGGUCCCACUCAAACUCUUGUGCUGUCCAACUUUAAGGCAUCAAAAAGUAUGUACAAGCAACAGAGAGGCCAGUCCUCACAGACAGGUACCGGCAACGGAUUUGAGAUCAAGGAAAUGAACUCGGAUGUCAAUUUCAAGGCCCAGCUUCGUCUUGGUGGAAUUGGUAUCUCUUUAAUCAAUCAGAACCUGAAAGAGCUACUCUAUCUCACUUUCCGCGAAAUUGAGAUCAAAUUCAGAGAAUCGAGGCUGUACCAGACUCUCAACACUACAAUCAAGUGGAUCCAAGUCGAUAACCAGCUCUACGGUGGUAUCUUCCCCAUCUUGCUUUACCCCAGUGUUGUUCCAAAAACCGGCAAGGAGAUGGAGGCACACCCGAUCUUCCACGCAAUGGUGACCCGGGUCAAGGACGAUUCCUAUGGUGUGCUCUAUAUCAAGUAUGCCACGCUUCUCCUGCAGCAAAUGACUCUCGAACUGGAUGAAGACUUUGUCUUUGCCAUGCUUGACUUUGUCAAGAUCCCCGGCGCUUCAUGGACUGAAGAGCAAGAGGGCAAACUUUGCGUCGAAGACCUCAAUAUCCCUGAGCCUCAGCAAACAGACGCCGGCCAAGAUGUGUACUUCGAACUUCUACACCUCCAGCCGAUGCAAAUGGACAUUUCGUUCAUGCGUACCGAGCGUGUCAACGUGGAGGAUGCUAUGCAGCCUUCUAACCCAUUGAUGUUCUUCGUUAAUGCCAUGACAAUGUCGAUGGGUAAUGUCAACGAUGCCCCCAUCCGACUCAAUGCCCUGAUGCUUGAGAAUGCCCGUGUUUCCUUACCCAGACUGGUCGGCAAUAUCCGCGCGCACUACACUCAGGAAUUCCUCCGCCAGGUUCACAUCAUUCUCGGCUCAGCUGAUUUCCUUGGUAACCCUGUCGGGUUGUUCAACAACGUCAGUUCCGGCGUUGCUGCGAUCUUCUACGAGCCAUACCAGGGCCUGGUCAUGACGGACCGACCCCAAGAACUUGGUAUUGGUAUCGCCAAGGGUGCUACGAGCUUCGUCAAGAAAUCCGUCUUCGGUUUCUCUGACAGUAUGGCCAAGCUCACUGGAAGUAUGUCCAAGGGUCUCGCAGCUGCCACCCUCGAUAAGGAGUUCCAGACCCAACGGCGGAUGUCCAAGGUCCGCAAUCGUCCAAAGCACGCACUGUAUGGAAUCACGGCCGGUGGCAAUGCCUUUGCAACCAGCUUGGCCAGUGGUAUCGGCGGUUUGGCGCGUCAUCCUUUGCAGGGCGCCGAGAAAGAAGGCAUUCAAGGAUUCUUCAAGGGCGUUGGAAAGGGAGUUCUUGGACUGGCUACCAAGCCUGCAAUUGGCGCCUUCGACCUUGCCUCUAACCUUGCUGAAGGUGUUCGCAACACGACAACUGUCUUCGACGCCGAGGGUCUUGAUCGCGUUCGACUGACCCGUUUCAUCGGCACCGACGGUAUUGUCCGUCCGUACUCUCAGCGUGAGGCCCUCGGUCAAUUCUGGCUGAAGACAACCGACGAUGGCAAGUACUUUGACGCGGACUACAUUGCCCACCUGGAACUUCCUGGUCGGGACAUGCUAGUGCUGUUGACGUACGCGAGCAUCAUGCUUGUUCGCACCAAGAAGCUUACCACCGAGUGGGACAUUCCCCUUACGGAUAUCCAGACCAUUUCCAAGGAGCGCACGGGAAUGAGCAUUACUCUCAAGGGUGGUGCGAAUGGACCUUUCAUCCCUGUGCAAGAUGAAAGUUCACGUAACUGGCUGUAUCGGCAGAUUGCUGUUGCGGUCAAUGCUUUCAACGAGAAGUAUAAUUCCCGGGGAUAG